UGGAGUUGAGUUCGAGAAGCACAGGUGUUUAGCAGGGCAAAAAUUCUAUUUGUGAAAGCCCUGACCUCGGAAACCUGUCCCAUCGUUAUACGCAACUAAUCUCCGAAGGUCGAACGAGAUGGCCUCGAUUAUGUAGAGGAAGAUUUGCCAGAAAAAGAAGCCCCUCUCAUCCUCCCACAGGACGUCAGGAUGAAAGAGGAAGAGAGUAUUUUUAGCAGCGCCACAGAAAAAAGCUAUAAAUGCGCAUCCGGGGAAUCGAACCCUGGUCAGUACCGUGGGAGGGUACUAUGAUACCACUACACCAGAUGCGCUUGUGGGAAAGAACUUGACAUGGUAUCUAAAAAGUUUGUAGUAAUAACAGAUCCUCCCCUUUAGCCCUCUCUUCUGCCUUAAUUCCCUAGGCCCGAAAUUCUGAUCCGAACUCGUCUGCCCCUCUAAGCGCUUCGGCCUUUUCUUAAAUCUUCGCUGGUGCUCUUGACCUCGUCUCCUCAGCUAAUAUAUUCUGUAUUUGGGGACUCCUCGACGAGUGACAAUGAGAAUUGUUGGACUUACCGGUGGAAUAUCUUCAGGGAAGAGCACUGUGUCUAAUCUAUUCAAAUCUAAUGGCAUUCCGGUUGUAGAUGCCGACGUCGUUGCCCGUGCUGCAUUAAAUAAAGGCACUGGUGGGUGGAAAAAAGUUGUUGCAGCUUUCGGACAGGAAAUUUUACUUGAGAAUGGAGAAGUUAAUAGGCCAAGACUUGGACAAAUUGUUUUUUCUGAUCCAGAUAAGCGCCAACUUCUUAACAGAUUGCUGGCUCCUUAUAUAUCCUCUGGAAUCUUUUGGGAAAUAGUGAAGCUUUGGAUGAAGGGUCAUGAGAUUAUUGUUCUUGAUGUCCCUCUGUUAUUUGAGGCCAAGAUGGACAAGUUGACAAAGCCCACUAUUGUUGUUUGGGUUGAUCCAGAAACGCAGAUUCAACGACUCAUGGCGAGAGACGGGACAAGUGAGGAGGAUGCAAGGAACAGGAUGAGCUCUCAAAUGUCACUGGACGUAAAAAGGACUAAAGCAGACAUAGUAAUAGAUAACACUGGUUCAUUGGAUGACUUGAAUGAAAAGUUUCAGAAGGUCCUAUUUGAGGUCUCAAAACCCUUGACAUGGACUGAGUUCUGGCUUUCUAGGCAGGGAGCAUUGACGGCUCUUGCUUUGGUCACCUCAGGUGUUCUUUUGUGCAGAAAGGCAUUUAACAUUGAUGAUUUGUAGCCGCUUGAUUUACUUUGGGGUGUAUUUCAUAUGACUACAUAAAUGUUGUUUCAUAUCAA